ACUGGCUGUCGAGAUGCAGACCUGAGUCAGACAGCCAUCUGGUCCACCGCAUGCGGCCGUCGAGCAUCCACCAUUGGGCAGGCGUAUUCCUAGCACAAUCACCCUCCCACGCCGUGUCCAUCGCAGCGGGAGCACUUUGCUCGCGAACAACGCGAUGGUUGCGAGACUCUCCGCCCAUCGCCCAGCCCGUUGACCCCUCUGCCAGCCGCCAAGAUGUCCGAGCCCAGCCCCAAAGAGCAGGAGGUGAUACUUGAGCAGCUCCGUGCGCAGCUCGUCAAGCAGGACCUCAUGCACGAGGGCGACACGAUCGGGACGGACGACUUUACGCUUCUACGAUUUCUUCGCGCGCGCGGGUACGACGUGAAGGCGAGCGUGGAGAUGUGGGCAAAGUGCCAGGAGUGGCGGAAGACCAUGGACGGCGUCGGGAUCGACGAGCUGUACACGAAGAUGGAUGCAUACGACUUCCCCGAGCGCCGCGAGGUGUUCGAAUACUGGCCGAUGUGGUUCCACAAGACGGAUAAGGAGGGCCGGCCGGUGAGUAUCCAGCACUACGGUGCGGUGAACAUCCCGGAGCUCUACAAGCACAUCACCCCGGAGAGGUUUUGGUGGUACGUCGUGACGAUGGCGGAGAGCAUACCGCGCGAGAUCAUACCGACCGCGUCGCGGGCGGCGGGCCACCAGGUCGACGGGACGUUCCUCAUAGUAGACUUGAAGGGGUAUUCUUUGGGACAGUUCUGGCAGAUGAAGGACCUCGUACGCGCCGCGUUCCAAAUCAUGCAAGACUACUACCCCGAGCUCUCGGCGAAGUUCUUCAUCAUCAACGCGCCAUGGUCGUUCACGACGAUCUGGUCGCUGCUCAAGCUCUGGCUCGCCCCGCGCACGAUCGAGAAGAUGGACGUGCUCGGCGGAGACUACCAGGCAGUGCUGCUCAAGCACGUCGACGCGGAGAACUUGCCGGCGUUCUAUGGUGGGACGUCUUGCAACGAGUACUUACAGCAGUGA